GGAAUUAUACGGUCCGCGUGGUAUCUGGUCUUUAGCAUUCACUAAGUAGCUAGAUACUAGUAGAUACUUAUUAUUCAAUCCCCUACAUAAACAAUAGCAUCCCGCCAUUCAAAUUCCCAUUGUUACAUUCUGUUGUUCAAAUCUUUCCUGAUCUUUAAAAGUUUCCCUUUCGCUUUUGGAUUAUUUUUCUCCUUUACACGCAUUCGUUCGUACAUCAUAGUCAAUAUGAAAACCACGUUCGCUGUUAUUGCCACUUUGGCGUCAGUUACCUCUGCUCAGGUCACAGCUCUCAUCACUCCAACAGCAUCGGCACCUUCAGGAUGUGCCACUAGCUAUUCUGGCUCUUUUGAAAUCUCUGCUGUAAACGUCAGUAGUGUAGCAAGACGUCAGCAAAAGGUAAAAUAUAUCCAUAUCUCUGUCAAUCUAGACUGCCGAUUCAAGACUUGGCUAACUCAUCCACAGCGUGCCGAUUGUUCAUCAUCCCUUGCAAUCACACUCAACGGAGGUAUUCUUAAAGAUCAGCAAGACAGAACAGGCUACGUUGCAGCAAACUCCCAAUUCCAGUUCGACAAGCCAGCUCAGGAAGGAGCCAUAUACACCGGAGGCUGGUCUAUUUGUUCCAACGGUUCUCUCGCUCUCGGCGGUUCUGCAGUCUUCUAUCAAUGCUUGUCUGGCAAUUUUUACAAUCUCUACACCGAAUCUCAGGGUAAACAAUGCUCCCAAAUCUUGAUCCAAACAGCUUCAUGCAACUCUGCAGCUGGAUCUGGUGUCGUCGGUCAAUCAUCUGAUGGUCAACCAACCGCCACUGCUAUCGCUUCCCUGUCCACUGCAUCAAUUUCUCAAAUUUCAGAUGGGCAGCCACAGGCGGCGACUUCUGCUACUUACAUUAGUCAAAUCGGUGAUGGACAAAUUCAAGCGCCUACCCAUGUCCCUACUGGUGCCUCGAUUACACAAAUUCCUGAUGGUCAGAUUCAAGGUGCAACAAGUACACCUACUAGUGCUUCAAUUACGCAGAUUCCUGAUGGUCAGAUUCAAGGUGCCACUUCCAUCGCAACACCCCCAGCCAGUGCUCCUAUCAGUCAAAUCCCUGAUGGGCAAGUUCAAGGCGCCACAUCUACGGCUGCGCUCUCCUCAGCAGUUAUUUCCCAAAUUCCUGAUGGACAAAUCCAAGCCACCACCGCCGCCACACUCGUAACUAGCACUUCUUCUCUUGCUGGUCCAGUCAUCUCCCAAAUUCCAGAUGGACAGAUCCAAGCCCCUACCGCAACAAACGCUACCUACUCCAGCGCAACAGCUACCCAAGCUACAUACACUGGCGCUGCCAACAAUGUCCAAGUUGGUAGCUCUUUAGCUGCCGCUGUUAUUGGUCUCGUUGCUGCUCUCUUGUAGAAUCAGCAAGCAUACACAUCACACGAUGAAACAAAUUUCAUUUCUUGGUAAUACUUUUUUCUGAACCAAACAUACUUCUUUUUAUGACGAUGAAGUAUUUAAUGAGGGGAUAAUUCAGGGGAGGAUGUAAUGGUGUGGGAAUCGGGAUACUCCCAUAUGUUUUGGUUUGCUAUUUCACUUCUCAUACAUUAGGUAUCGGUGUUCGUGGGUUGAAUGGCAUGGACAUAGGCAUAGGCAUAGGUAUAGGGUAUGGCCUUGUGGACUUGAUUAUCACAUCACAAUAUAUCAUUCCAUUUUAUAGGAUGAAAUGAUGAAAUGAUUGGACACAUAAUGGAGGGGUGGGAAAAAUUGCAGAUAUCUGGCUUAUAAUAUGAUUCAAGGAUGAAUAAUGGAAAUUGUAUACGAUAGUAAUGCACUUUUGCGAAUUUCAAUUUCAGACA